AUGUAUAUCAAAUCUAUGGUGAUUGAUGGAUUCAAGUCUUAUUGCCAACGCACUGAGAUUCCGGGGUUCGAUGUUCAGUUCAAUGCCAUAACUGGGCUUAAUGGCUCUGGCAAAUCAAACAUACUCGACGCAAUCUGUUUUCUUUUGGGGAUAACUAAUCUUUCGCAUGUUCGCGCAGCUAAUUUGCAAGAACUAGUUUACAAAAGUGGCCAGGCAGGAAUCACAAAAGCAACUGUCAGCAUUGUCUUUGAUAACAGAGAUAAGACAGCCUCUCCAUAUGGCUAUGAACAGUUUGAUGAGUUAACCAUAACACGUCAAGUUGUUGUUGGUGGGAAAAAUAAGUACCUCAUUAAUGGAACAAAUGCUACCAACACUCGCGUUCAGGACUUGUUCCAUUCUGUACAGCUGAAUGUAAACAACCCCCACUUUCUCAUAAUGCAAGGACGUAUUACCAAAGUUCUGAACAUGAAACCUCCCGAAAUACUGUCUUUAUUAGAAGAAGCUGCAAGCACGAAACUUUACGAAAAUAAAAAAGAAGCUGCUCUCAAAACAAUCGAAAAGAAAGACAGCAAACUCCGAGAAAUUGAUAGAGUUUUAUAUGAAGAUAUCACACCUACCAUCCGAAAGUUGCGCGAGGAGCGUAGUAGCUACUUAGAGUAUCAGAAAGUUGUUCGUGAAAUCGAACAUCUCUCGAAACUCGUCAUCGCAUAUGACUUCACUCGUCUUGAGGAAGCUAAACAGCGCAGCAAAGAUGAUCUCGCAAAUCUGGAAUCGACGCUUUCAGAUGCAAAGGAAAAAUUGGGACAGCUGAACUCUGAAAAAGAUACUGUUGAACGUAAGAUUGCCGAUCUCACGCAGGAGCGUCAGACACUCCUUGGAUCGGCUUUAGAAGAGGCAGAACACUCGUUAAGUGAAUGUCAAAAGAUGGAAGCGGUUGCUGCUGGCGCAGCAUCUCGAGCUGCCGAGCACUUUCGUACUGUUCAAAACCAACUGCGGUCACUUGAAACUCAAUCGACUGAAAUGGCCUGUCAAUUAGCGGACAAACAGCGUGCCGCUGAAGCAGCUGCCGGGUCUGAAUUUAAGUCUUUAGAAGAAGCUGCACUGAAGGCCCACGAGGUCCUUUCCGAAGCCCAGUCAAAUUUGGCUGCAACCACAUCAGGCCUUGGUGGUGGCUCUUCUAAGCACUCCGGUGGCCUAGCAGAACAGGCCCGUGUUGCUGAAGGGCAACGUGUUGCCGUGGAAACGGAAUUGCGUCAGUUGGAAAUGCGUGAGAAGCAUCUGACUAGUGAACUCGCCAGUGGAGAAAAGAAGCUGGCCUCGUUGGAAGCUAAGGACGAAAAGGGGGGUCGUGAUGUUCAGAAACGUCGACAGCUGACCGAAAAAAUUGAGAGUCUUAAUAAGCAGUUGGAGACUUUAAAAAAGGCGGAUGAAGCUGCAGGUGGAGAUGAGGCGACAAUCACAGAAAAAUUCAACGGUCAGUCUAGAGAGGCUCGCCGGCUGCAGGCUCGUUGUGAGGAAUUGGGACGCCAAUUUCAUCAGCUUCAAUUUGAAUAUGUCGAUCCUGAGCCUAAUUUCGAUCGUCGUCGUGUGUUCGGCGUUGUUGCAAAGCUGUUCGACCUCGUCGACCAAAAAUUCGCCAUUGCUAUUGAAGUUGCCGCUGGAGGAAAACUCUACAACGUGGUUGUUGACACUGAACAGACGGGCAAAUUGGUGCUAGAACGAGGCCAAUUGAAGCGACGCGUGACGAUGCUGCCGCUAAAUCGGAUUCGUGGUUCUUCCAUUCCCGCGGCGGUCGUUAAUAAGGCGCAAAGCAUCUUCGGUGCCGACAACGUUGCGCCAGCUAUCUCGCUAAUCCGCUAUCCGCCCCACCUACAGCCGGUUAUGGAAUUUGUCUUCGGAGGAGUGUUUGUGUGUUCGAGCCUUGAUGUUGCGCGAAAAGUUGCUUUCUACCCGAGAAUCGAGCGGAAAACCGUUACAUAUGAGGGGGACAUGUUCGACCCACAGGGCACCUUGUCCGGCGGUUCGCGGAAUACCACAGGUGCAGGUAGCCUGUUGACACGCCUCUCAGAGUGGAAGAUUGCGGAGACCACGGCGACAGAAGCGCUAGCCCGCUUCCAGGAGACCCGACAGGUCCGCGACGCAGCUGUGGAACGCGGUCGUCGUCGAGCCGACCUUAUGGAGGCCCUAGAUGUAGCUCGUCACGAGUUAGCCCUACUGGAAACGAACUUGCGACAAUCUGACACCCAUCGCCUCCGAUCGGAUGUGGGGCGACUUAAAAACGAACUCGAUGAGGUCCGUGUUUCUAUGAAGACUGGCAUUGAGCGUUUGAAGGAGGCAACGAAGCUAGUGGAAGAGGCUCGCUGGAGAGUAGAGCAUGCCCACGAAGAGGAAGCAAGGGCUCUUCGAGAGGCUGAAGCAGCCGUCAAGGCAGCUCGCAUUCACGUCGAUGAAAUCGAAGCAGCUCUGAAGGAAAAGCAGACUUUAAAGGAAACUCUCCGACUUGAAGCCGACGAGAUGGCGAAGGAAUUGGAGCAAAUCAAGACAUCUCUGGAACAGACUCGAGUAGAGUUAGGAAACGCUGAGCUAGAGGUCGCCCGCAAUAACGAGGAUCUGCAGAAGGCAAAGUCUGCCCUCGCAGAGGCUCGUAAGGCGAUGGAGUGUCAGCGGAAGCUCGCCGACGACGUCGCAAAGGCCAUCCAGACUGCCAAAAACGAGGCCGGCCGAAUCAAGGAGGUGAUUUCAGCAACCGGUUGCGAAAUCGACCGAAUUGCCCACGACCUGGAGGUUCAAACCAAGGAAAGCAAGGAGGCUGGCAAAAAGUUAGUGCAGAUGAUCAGCUCAAAUCCCUGGAUAGAGGAGGAGCGUCACCAGUUCGGUGUUCCCGACGGUCCUUUUGAUUUCUCGAAGCGCAAUCCGACCGACGCCCGUAAGCGCGUUGCUCAGCUUUCUGAACGCCGGGACAAACUCAGUCGGACGGUCAACAUGCGUGCCAUGAAUAUGCUCGGGACGGCCGAAGAACAGUACUCUGAUCUCCUGCGUCGGCGGGAGAUCGUUCUUGCCGAUAAACGCAAAAUUCAAGCCGUCAUUGAUGACUUGGACACUCGAAAGGAGCAGGUUCUCAUGGCUGCCUACGAAAAAGUCAACACGGAAUUUAACAACAUAUUCUCUUCCCUACUGCCCGGAACGAGAGCUCAAUUGGUCCCCCCUGAAGGUCAGACGAUCCUUGAUGGUCUUCAAUUCCGCGUUGCCUUCGGUGACACUUGGAAGGAGUCUUUGAGUGAGCUUUCUGGCGGCCAAAGGUCCUUGGUUGCACUUGCGCUCAUUUUGGCGCUUUUGCUCUUCAAGCCUGCUCCCAUUUACAUCCUAGACGAGGUGGACGCUGCCUUGGAUCUUUCCCACACCCAAAACAUCGGUCAGUUGAUCAAAAACCACUUCAAAAACGCACAGUUCAUAGUGGUUUCUCUUAAAGACGGGAUGUUCAACAAUGCCAAUGUCCUCUUUAAAACAAAGUUCGUAAAUGGCGUUUCUACGGUUACUCGACACACUCCAACCACGGUUCGGUCUGCGGCCGCUUCCAAGUUGGAGCCCAGGCCGCAUCAGAUCGGAAGCCGGCAUAAGCUGGCCGUGUAA